CAACUGAUAAGAGUACUUACAAACCUCUCCUGUCUUCUCUUCUCCUCCUUAAACCCUCACCUAUACAUACACAUAUACACACACAUACAGCUUUAGGGUUUAGUUCCAUGGUCCAAGAUUCUUGAACCUCAGCAAAAGCUCAAACAUUUUUAGUUCUAAAUUUACAUUCUUGGUGAAAACAAGACAAGACCCAGAAAAGAUUUGAUAAGAAUGGCUGCCUUUAGUGCCAUUUCACUCUAUCCAUACAAGAUUUGGCACACACCCACCUUCAGAAAAUCCCCCAUUUCCUGCGCUUUGCCCUCUGGUAAUGUAACAGGUACACGUGGAUCUAGGUCUCCUCGUAACAGAUCUGGAAGAAGGGAGGGGGCUGGAAAAAGUAUGGAAGAUUCUGUUAAACGCAAGAUGGAGCAGUUUUAUGAAGGAUCUGAUGGUCCACCAUUACGUGUUCUCCCAAUUGGUGGUCUGGGAGAAAUAGGGAUGAAUUGCAUGCUUGUGGGGAAUUUUGAUCGUUACAUACUGAUUGAUGCUGGUAUUAUGUUUCCAGACUAUGAUGAUCUUGGAGUCCAGAAAAUCAUACCUGAUACUACAUUUAUUAAAAAAUGGAGACACAAAAUUGAAGCAGUUAUCAUAACACAUGGGCACGAAGAUCACAUUGGCGCAUUGCCUUGGGUAAUACCAGCUUUGGAUUCACGGACACCCAUAUUUGCAUCCUCAUUUACAAUGGAGCUUAUUAAGAGGCGCUUGAAGGAGUUUGGGAUCUUUGUUUCAUCUAGGCUCAAAACAUUUAAAACAAAGAGGAGAUUUAAUGCUGGCCCAUUUGAAAUAGAGCCUAUUAGGGUCACCCAUUCUAUCCCUGAUUGUUGUGGACUAGUUCUACGGUGUGCCGAUGGGACAAUUUUACACACUGGGGACUGGAAGAUAGAUGAGUCGCCACUGGACGGGAAAGUUUUUGAUCGUGAAGGUUUGGAGGAACUAUCUAAAGAAGGAGUAACGUUGAUGAUGAGUGACUCGACAAACGUACUUUCACCUGGAAGAACCUUUAGUGAAACUGUUGUUGCAGAUUCACUUUUGCGUCAUAUAUCUGCUGCGACAGGAAGGGUUAUCACUACUCAAUUUGCAUCAAAUAUCCAUCGUCUUGGAAGUGUGAAAGCUGCAGCUGAUUUAACAGGCAGAAAGUUGGUUUUUGUUGGCAUGUCCCUGAGGACGUACCUUGAGGCAGCGUGGAGAGAUGGAAAUGCACCAAUUGAUCCAUCAACUCUGGUGAAAGUAGAAGAUAUCGAUGCUUAUGCCCCAAAGGAUUUGUUAAUUGUGACAACAGGUUCUCAAGCAGAACCACGUGCUGCAUUGAACCUUGCAUCAUAUGGAAGUAGUCAUUCACUCAAACUAAGCAAGGAAGACCUCAUAUUAUAUUCUGCUAAGGUGAUCCCAGGUAAUGAAACUCGAGUUAUGAAAAUGAUGAACCGCAUAGCAGAAAUAGGAUCAACUUUGGUGAUGGGUAAGAAUGAGCAGCUGCACACAUCUGGUCAUGCUCAUCGUGAAGAACUGGAGGAAGUGCUGAGGAUUGUAAAGCCACAACAUUUUCUACCCAUUCACGGUGAACUUCUGUUCCUGAAAGAGCAUGAAUUGCUUGGGAAAGCUAACGGUAUUCAUCACACAACUGUUAUCAAAAAUGGUGAAAUGCUUGGGGUUUCACAUCUAAGGAACAGAAAAGUGCUUUCCAAUGGAUUUAUAUCUCUUGGUAAAGAGAAUUUGCAGUUGAUGUACAGUGAUGGUGACAAAGCGUUUGGCACUUCUGCUGAACUUCGUGUUGAUGAGAGAUUACGAAUUGCGACAGAUGGUGUUAUAGUUGUCAGUAUGGAAAUUAUACGCCCUCAACCUAAUGACAGUGAUGAGAAAACCUUAAAGGGAAAAAUUAGAAUAACAACACGUUGCUUAUGGCUUGACAAAGGGAAACUUUUAGAUGCUCUCCAUAAGGCUGCACAUGCUGCACUGUCGAGUUGCCCUCUGAAUUGUCCUCUUGCCCACAUGGAAAGAAUUGUUUCUGAGGUUUUAAGGAAAUUGGUUAGGAAAUACAGCAGUAAAAGACCAGAUGUAAUUGUAAUUGCUAUAGAAAAUCCAACUGGGGUGCUUUCCGAUGAGCUCAAUGGAAAGAAACCAGGCAAAUCACAGAUUGAUUUCCGGAUACCAAAAUUGAAGAUAGGGGUGCAUGAACAUGCAGAAAAGAGACGCGCAAGUAAAAACAAAGAGGAAAGUGAUAAAGGACGCCCAGUAGAAACCAGUGCACAAGAAUCUAAAGAUGGUGAUGUCGAUAAUGAUGAAAUUGAUGAACUUCUAUCUGAGGAAGACUUGACCUCAACUUCUGAGGAAGACUUGACCUCAACUUCUGAGGAAGACUUAACCUCAACUUCUAGCUUAGCGAAGAAGAAUUCUGAGUCUGAUGAUUUCUGGAAGUCAUUUGUGGUACCAGUCAACGAGCAUGAACAAGAUAGUGAAGGUGUAGCUACACCAGAGCAAAAAGCAGAGGCCAAGAUAGCCAGCAGUAAAAACGAUCCUUUUGACCUGCCCAAAUCUGAAUUGAAAUCUUCCACACCAUCAAAACGAAACAAAUGGAAACCUGAAGAAAUUAAGAAACUCAUCAAAUUUCGCAAAGAGUUGAAUAGCAGAUUUCAGGUUGUAAAGGGACGAAUGGCCCUUUGGGAAGAGAUAUCGGCAGCUCUGUUGGCAGAUGGGAUUGUCCGAAGCGCAGGACAGUGCAAAUCCUUAUGGGCAUCUCUUACUCAGAAAUAUGAGGAAUGCAAGAAUGAUGAGAAAAGCCGGAAGACUUGGUCCUAUUUUGAAGAUGUGAACGAUAUAUUGGUCGAGUUUCAAAACAACUAAAUAAUGAUUGUAAGGGCAGAUGAUAUGUGAAUCUCAAGUAACAGGGUAGGAAGGUAGUUCAGUUUAGAUACACUGAUACUGUCGUUUCUUUACUUUAGUACGUGAACCUGAAAAGAAUGUCCAGGACACAAAACUAUUACUCUAUAAUUUCUUACGAUAAUCUCAAUUUACAGAUGCUGUAGCUUCAAAUUGGCCAAUAUCAAAGUAUAACAGUUGAUACCAGUGUAGCCAUAAUGCCUGUUAGUUAAUUAGGAAGUUAGGAGACUAAUGUUGCAUAAUCUUUGUGUAUUUCUACCAAAGAACACAUCAGGGAGUACCCUCUUUGUUACGUCUCCACUUUGUCGGGAGUUUAAAUAUAUUUCAUUUUACAUAUGUUAACAUGUACAUAUCUGCUGUGUGUUCAAGUAUAUGUGAGCAGGUAUAAGAAUGUUUAUAUAGAGAUGCAUAUGUGAAGCACAAGGUACAGCUUCAGUGGUCUCGGAGUCGGAGAUGAGUAGACGUAGGAGUUGUUCGAAAAUGUAGCUUGCUCCGGUGCAUCAAGUUUCACAAGAUUUCACUAGUCUUGUCGAAACCAAUUGAGUCAAGUCUGUUGAACAGGUCCUCAUAUAUCAUUUCUUGGAAGAAAUGUUCUACUUAUAUGACAAGAUUAACUAUUUAUUUGUACUGCAA